UAUACGUUCCCUUAGAGCAGUCUGGGCACAGGUAGUGUUAAUGCAUUGCAUGUCAUCUUCUCGAGGAGCACCAAAGCUGAAGCACAUUCUGCACAAACACUGAGGACUUCUGUAGUGCAUGGCCACCGCCUACAGCCGUAUACAUAAUCCAGUGCAAGUGCUUUAAACAUCUCUAUUCAUGGGUUUGGGGAGCGAGAGCGACUCGUGGUCGGACAGCAGUUCGGAAGACAGCUUCUGCUCGGGCUCAUGCCACGCUGAACACAUCCUGCAGGUGCUGAACGCCUUCAGGCAGAGUGCCACCUUCACGGACGUGGUGCUGCUGGUGGAGGGCCGAGAGUUCCCCUGCCACCGGGCCACUCUGUGUGCCAGCAGUCGCUACUUCCGCAGCAUGUUCACAGGGCAAAUGCGCGAGAGCCGGCAGGCCGUGGUGCCUCUGAAAGAGGUGUCGGCUGCUGCCAUGGAGCAUUUGCUGGACUUCAUCUACGAGGGCCGGGUAAGGCUGCAGGAGGAAAGUGUGGAUAGGGUCUACCGUGCUGCCGACUUGCUGGAUGUUCCUGCGCUGUCCCGGGCCUGCGUGGACUUCCUGGAGCAGCGAGUGUGCCCCUCUAACUGCCUGGGCCUUAUAGACUUUGCCCAGCUCUACUCAAUAGAGCCAUUGCUGGAGCGCUGCCAGGGCGUCCUGUACCAGGACUUCGAAAUGGUCUCCAAGCAGGAGGAGUUCCUAGAGUUGCCUUUGGAAAGGGUACUCAAGCUGCUGGACUCCGAGAAGCUGCAGGUGCAAGAGGAGGUGCUGGUUGAGGUGGCGCUGCGCUGGGUCUACCACCGGCAAAACCAGAGGGCAGCAGCACUCAAGACGCUGCUGGAGAGGCUCCAGCUGCCCCUUCUGGACCCUGUGUUCUUCACGGACAGGCUGGAGACAGAUGAGCUAGUGCGGGAGUGUCGCGAGUGCUGGCCCCUGCUGCAGGAGGCCAGACAAUACCACAUGUAUGGCAGGGAGGUCAGCUCUGAGAGAACCAAACCCAGGAGGCGGUCGGGCUGGGCUGAGAUGAUCGUAGUGAUCGGAGGUUGUGACAGAAGCGGAAUUUCUAGACUCUCUUUCGCCGAGAAGCUUGAUCCGAUCUCAAAGAAGUGGCUCCCCUCGGCCACUCUCCCGGGAUACUCCAAAUGUGAAUUUGCUGUUUGUGAACUCCAGAACGACAUUUAUUUGUCAGGUGGGCAGCUGAACAGCUCGGACGUGUGGCGCUUCAUGUCUCCGUUGAACCAGUGGGUGCGUGUGGGCGGCCUGCUGAAAGGCAGAUGGCGACACAAGAUGGUCUCUCUGCGUGGAAAGCUGUACGCUGUGGGAGGUUACAACGGGCAUCAGAGGCUGAACAGUGUGGAGUGCUUCAGCAUGUUUGAGAAUGCCUGGAAAGCUGUGGCUCCUCUGUUGCUGGCGGUCAGCUCUGCCGCUGUGGUCAGCUGUGCCGGAAAGCUUUACGUUAUUGGAGGGGCCGUGAGCGAAGAAUGCAACACUGACAAGGUGCAGUGCUAUGACCCCAUGAAGGAUCAGUGGACGUACGUGUUGUCCUGUCCGUUCUCUCAGAGAUGCAUAAAUGCGGUGUCCCUCAAUGGCUCCAUCUACGUGGCCGGAGGUCUGCUGGAUGUGAUCUACUGUUACACUCCCCUAAAAAACACCUGGGACAAAGUGGCAUACCUGCCCAUGAAAGUGGAAAGCUGUGGGGUGACGGUGUGCAAUGAAAAGGUGUAUGUGGUGGGAGGCCGAGAUGAGUUUGCGGCUGCCGUUGACCACAUGUGGGCGUUCGACCCAGCGAGCUGCCGGGUGACCGAGGAGACGCCGAUGACACGCAACUUGAGCAAUCACGGCUGUGCCACCAUCACACAGCACCUAGAACCCAAGUAAAGCAGUGCCUGAGUGAGAAGACCACAGAAGGCCAACCGCUUUGCUUUUCUCCAGUUCCCUUCGGACUUGAGUUUGUUCAGAACAAAUGAAGCCAGUGAAACGUCAUCAGCUGCUAUUGUACAAGUAAUGUGACUAUAUGCUGAACUUGUAAUCGUUACAAUGACACAUUCUAGGACACUCCUAAUCUUAAUAUGAACUACAUACUGUGAAAACUAUUAAACUGUGACAUACCAGAGUGACUGAGCGAGUGAGUGAGGGGAUGAGUGAGGGAGCGAGUGAGUGAGGGGAUGAGUGAGGGAGCGAGUGAUGAAGCGAGUGAAGGAGGGCUGUGACUGAGAAGCUGCAGUACUUCAGAAAUUCACAAAGAGCUUGGAAAAUUCGAAAGUAGCACACAAAGCUUCUCUAGAAACGCGAUGUUUUGGACAGAUGCUGACAGAUGCUGAUGAAGGACUUCUGCCCAAAACAUUACGCUUCUCAAGUCGCUUCACAAGAAUUAUCCCAAGCCCUACUGACUUCUUCCAGUCCCCAUCUAUGUAUGAAUAGCGAUGGAGAGGAUGGAGAACACAUGAAGUUUCAUUCCAAAAUGCUGAAUAUCUAUUUCUAACACUUUUGGAUACAAAGAUGUUUGAAAAGAAUAAAAACGAAAUCUGAUGUUUAUCACACUUUUAAAAUUAUUAUUAUUAUUAUUAUUAUUAUUUCUCUAAUAAAGAUGAUAUUAAUCAUAA